AUGAUAAAAUUUGCAGUAGGAAUUAUAUGCUACUACGUUGUAUACUGUUCAUAUUACGUGUAUCAGAAUGUAAGGACCCCUGUGUAUGAACACGUAAGGGAUGGAAAACAAAACGAAAAGGAUCAGGAAGGACAACACAUGAGUGAGAAAUAUAUUCAUAGAGCAUUCACAAAUUUUUUUAAACAAAAUGACAAAGUGGAUUAUCACCUGUACAUGUCAUGUGAAGAAAAUAUUGACCUGAACAAAUACAUAAAUGAAAAAGAAAAAUAUUUGAAAAAAAAUAAAAAUUUUAUUAACGUGUAUAAUAUUAACAACGUUUCGUAUGAUUGGAGUUAUACUCAUCUUCCAGGGGGAGGAACCAAAUGGUGGAACUUCCUCACGCCGAGCAAGUACCCUUCCGUUAACCUUACCAUUCCAAGGAAGCUCAUAAAGAAGAAAAAAGAAAUUUAUUUGCAUAUAUUUACCUACGUGAAUGGAGAGCUCUACAGACAUGGCUUCGUCACACGUGCACUCACGAGGGGCAAACCUGGGGGGAGGAAGUGGACUCGCAGGGAGAAGUAUCUCUGGGAGAGCUUCCUAGACGAGGAGGGGGAGGAGGAAGAAGAGGAGGAGGAAGAGGAGGGGGAAGAGGAAGGGGAAGAAGAGGAGGAGGAAGAGGAGGGGGAAGAAGAGGAAGAGGUAGAGGAGGCCUACAACGGUAAGCACACCGAUCAGCACACUGGUCAGCACACCGGCCAGCACACCGCCCAUCACGCGGACGACGCAGAGGGGGAGAACGAUAACGAUAACGACGAUGACGAUGACGAUGAGGAGGAGGAGACCCACACAGGUGACGCGUCAAACGAUGGGCAAAGGAAGAACGCCAGCAGAGAGACCCACCAAGGCGUAAAAUUUGGGCCAGUCAUAGAGCAUAAUGAUAUUAACGUAAAUAAAAUCGGAUUUUUCUCCAACAUAUUUCUGGACAAAGAAAAUAGCCUCUACCUUCUGCCAACGUACUACAAUGAUCACCUCACGCCGGAGGAUGAAUACGAAUUGCUGCAAAUCGGAGAGAAGGAAAACUUCGGAGGAGGAAGAAAAAAAAAAAAAAACACAAGAGGAAGAAGAAGAAGAAGAAUAUCAUGUCACCCACCUGAAUGACAACACUACGCAACGUGGAAAUACUAUCGAAAUUGAGUACUCCCCAAUCAGCCUCCCGCAGUUCAAUCUGUAUAAUAUUAUCAUAUUUAAUGUAAAUUACGCGAAAGAAAAAUAUAAAAUUGUGACGUACGAUUUGGAUAGCUUGGUCAUACAAUUUUGUGGGAAUAACUAUCUGUGUUUCUUUAUAUGUAUUCUUUGUUUGCUCCUUUUGUUAAUCGAUUUGGUUGCUCUAGUGUUGGACUGGAGUAGGUGGAACAGACUGAAUGAGUUAUAUUCUUUCCCAUCGGAUUCCGUUCAUUUUAAAUUACUCUUCACCUUAUUUAUAUUUCUUUAUUUGAAAAAUAAAAAUAACUGCAAAAUAUUGAUGGUAUUUUGCGUGGCGAAGAUGGCCGUCUGCCUUUGGAAAUUCCUUGACCGUUACGACAUUGAAUUUAUGGAGUAUGACUCAGUUUACGCGUUUAUCAUUCACUCGGUCGCUGUUUGUUCCUACUUGUUUAACUUCCUUUUCAUGUGCUCCAAUAUUGUCCGAAAUUAUUACACCAAGAGGGUGGAGCGCGUGCCGCUGUUUUUUUUCUUCUUCCUUUUUUUAUAUGCGCUCAUGGAUGACCUGUUUGCGCUCGUGCUGCGCAUGCCCCUUGUGCACAAGUGGAACGCGCUGGGCGACGAUGUCGUGUUUUUUAUUUUUUUGGUGCAGUACUGCGUGUAUAAGAAGGGGGACUCCCGAGUGGGUCCCGGCGAGGUGGCCGCCGCGCCCCAGGGCGCCAAGGCGCAGCGCGAGUCCAAAAAGAGGAAGUGA